AUGGGUGCCUCCAAGAUCUCCACCUCCUUGAUCUUCCUGUCUUGUUUGCUCCUUGCUUCCUCCGCCACAACAGCGGCAUUUAACAUCACUGCUGUCCUGGGGACAUCCCCAGUUUUAGUAACUUCAAUGAUUUUGAGCAAGGCAGGUUUGGUUAAAGCCAUCAAUUCUCAAUCACCCGUAACUAUUCUUGCCAUCCCUAAUGAGCACAUUGGAGACCUUGCUGGUAAACCGGCUGAUGUUAUUAAAAUUACCUUGAUGACUCAUGUGGUUCUUGACUACUAUGAUCUCCUCAAGCUCGCAAACGCAAAAAAUGGGACAAGAAUGACAACCUUGUUCCAAAAAACUGGUGUGGCAACUUACGAUCAAGGCUUCUUGAUUCUAAACAGAAGUCAUGGUCAGCUUAUAUUUUCCUCGGCUGCCAAAGGUGCUCCCACAAUGUUCAGGUUGUUGCAACAGUAA